AUUGUCAUCAAUUUUAGAUUUCAUACCUUUUGCCAUAUUUUGUGCUGCCCGCCUCUAAACCAUUUCUUGGGAGAUUUUAUUCUCAGUUUCUUUGUUCCACAUUCUCAAUUUGAGUCUUUCUUUCUUCGGGACUUCUCAAUUUGUUUGGUCACACAAUUUCUUUCAGUGAACAAAAUAUCAUGGCAGAGCUGAUUGCUGGAGCAUUUCUUUCUUCUCUCUUUCAAGUCACUCUUGAGAGGUUUUCCACAAGUGAUUUCAAAGACCUCUUCAAUAAAGGGUUGGUUGAAAAACUUGAAAUCACACUGAAUUCUAUCAAUCAAUUGUUGGAUGAUGCAGAGACAAAACAAUACCAAAAUCAAAACGUGAAGAAAUGGCUUGAUCAUCUAAAACAUGAGGUAUAUGAAGUAGAUCAAUUAUUGGAUGAGAUUGCUACAAAUGCAAAGCAAAAGAUCAAGGUGAAACACUUCGUUUCAACUUUGACUAAUCGAUUUGAGUCAAGGAUAAAAGAUUUGCUAGACAAGCUAAAAUAUCUUGCGGAGCAAAAUGAUGUGUUGGGAUUGACACAAAGAAGUUGCAUUAGUAUUGAAAGUGCAUUUAGCUUGAAAUCCUCAAAAAUAUCACCAACUGCUUCAUUAGUGGAUGAAUCUUGCAUUUAUGGUAGAGAUCAUGAUAAAAAUAAAAUUAUCAACUAUUUGCUUUCUGACAAUGAUAGUGGCAAACGAGUAUCGAUAAUCAGCAUAGUGGGUUUGGGUGGGAUGGGCAAGACCACUCUAGCUCAGCUUGUCUACAAUGACGAGAGGAUGAAGAAGCGGUUUGAACUUAAAGCUUGGGUUCAUGUUGCGGAAUCUUUUGAUGUUGUUGGACUCACCAAAACAAUUCUUAGGUCGUUCCAUUCUUCUGCUGAUGGUGAAGACUUGGAUCCACUUAAAUGUCAACUACAACAGACACUGACAGGUAAGAAAUUUUUGCUUGUUCUAGAUGAUGUGUGGAAUGCAAAUGAGGAAUGGUGGGAGCAGUUACUACUUCCUUUUUACCAUGGAUCUCCGGGAAGUAAGAUUAUUGUGACUACACGCGACAGGCAUAUUGCAUUAGUUGUGAAAUCCGACCAUCAACAUCAUUUAAAGCAAUUGGCGGAGAGUGACUGUUGGAAUUUAUUUGUGAAACAUGCUUUUCGAGGAAGGAAUGUUUUUGAAUAUCCAAAUCUUGAAUCAACCGGAAAGAAGGUUGUAGACAAGUGUGGAGGGUCGCCUUUAGCUGUGAAAACAUUGGGAAAUCUCUUGCAAAGAAAAUUUUCUCAAGGCGAAUGGUUUAAGAUAUUGGAGACUGAUAUGUGGCAUGUAUCGAAAGGUGAUGAUGAAAUUAAUCCGGUAUUGAGAUUGAGUUACCAUAAUCUCCCUUCCCAUCUAAAGCGUUGUUUUGCCUAUUGUUCCAUAUUUCCCAAGGGUUAUGAAUUUCAAAAAGAUGAAUUGGUCAAGCUUUGGAUGGCAGAAGGUUUGUUGAAAUGUUGCGGAAGAGACAAAAGUGAAGAAGAGUUGGGUAAUGAAUUCUUGGAUGAUCUAGAGUCCAUUUCAUUUUUCCAGCAAUCAGUAUAUUCCCAUAAGAUUAUAGCCAUGCAUGAUCUUGUCAAUGAUUUGGCAAAAUCAGAGUCGCGAGAGUUUUGCUUACAAAUUGAGGGUGAUAAGGUGCAAGAUAUAUCUGAAAGAACGCGUCACAUUUGGUGCUCUCUUGAUUUGAAAGAUGGUGCUAGAAUAUUAAAGCUUAUUUGUAAGAUUAAGGGAUUACGAAGCCUGUUAGUACACGACCGAGUCUAUGGUGAGGAGUACUUCACCAUAAGCAAGAAUGUGCAACGUGAUCUAUUUUCAAAACUGAAAUAUUUACGGAUGUUGUCAUUUCGUGGUUGUGAACUUACAGAGCUAGCAUAUGAGAUAGGCAAUUUAAAGCUUUUGCGCUAUCUAGACUUGACAAGCACAGAGAUUAAAAGCUUGCCUAAUUCCAUUUGCAAGUUGUAUAAUUUACAGACACUGAUAUUGGAAAAGUGUUUUGAAUUGACUGAACUCCCUUCAGAUUUUUACAAGCUUGCUAGUUUAUGUCAUCUUAAUCUUGAAUGCAUUUAUAUAAAGAAGAUGCCAAAGCAGAUUGGGAGGCUAAAUCAUCUUCAAACACUCAGUCAUUUUGUCGUGGGAGAGAAUAGUGGGUCCGAUAUUAAGGAGUUGGAUAAUCUCAAUCAUCUUCAAGGAAAGCUUACUAUUUCAGGGUUGGAAAAUGUCACUAAUCCCGCAGAUGCUGCAGGAGCAAAUUUGAAAGAUAAGAAACAUCUGAAAGAAUUGAUCAUGAAUUAUAGUGACGAUUUCAUUUUCAAUAACAAUGGAAGAGAAUUGGAUGUCUUGGAGGCUCUUCUACCAAAUAGCAAUUUGAAGAGGCUCACUAUUGAAUACUACAAUGGCAACUGCUUUCCAAAUUGGCUAUGUGGUUUUCAUUUACCCAACUUAGUGUCUCUUAAACUGCAAAGUUGUGGAUUAUGUUCUCAUUUGCCGCCACUUGGUCAACUUCCUUGUCUCAGGGAGCUUUCCAUUUCACAUUGUGAUGGAAUAAAGAUCAUUGGUGAAGAGUUUUACGACAAUAAUUCAACAAUUUUUCCGUUCAAGUCCCUUGAAGUUUUGAUAUUUGAUCGGAUGUAUUGUUUGGAGGAAUGGUUAUGUCUUGAAGGGUUUCCUGUGCUUAAAGAGCUUUCUAUUAUAAAUUGUCCCGAAUUGACAAGGGCCUUGCCUCAACACUUUCCUUCUUUACAAAAAUUAAAGAUAAGCAAUUGCAACAAGUUGGAGGAAUGGUUAUGUCUUGAAGGAUUUCCUUUCCUUAAAGAGCUUUCUAUUAUAAAUUGUCCCGAAUUGAAAAGGGCCAUUCCUCAACACCUUCCUUUUUUACAAAAAUUGAAGAUACGUAAUUGCAACAAGUUGGAGGAAUGGUUAUGUCUUGAAGGGCUUCCUUUGCUUAAAGAGAUUUUUAUAGAACAUUGUCCUAAAUUGAAAAGGCUCCUGCCUCAACACCUUCCUUCUUUACAAAUAUUAGAGAUUUUUGAUUGCAAAAUGUUGGAGGUAUCAAUUCCCAAAGGUGACAGUAUCAUAGAGUUACAUCUACAUAGAUGUGAUAGAGUUUUGGUAAAUGGAUUGUCUACCAGCUUGAAAAAGUUUGUCCUUCGUGAAAAUCGGUAUACUGAGUUCUCCGUGGAGCAAAAUCUACUCAAAAAUACCAUUCUUGAAGAGAUGGAGUUUGAUUUUAGAGGCUUCGUAAAAUUUCCCUUUUUGGAUUUGCGUUGCUAUAAUUCUCUUAGUAGACUUUGCAUAAAAGGUUGGUGCUUGCCUUCUUUGCCCUUUGCACCACACUUAUUCACCAAUCUUCAUUCUCUCUCGUUGUUCGAUUUCCCACAGUUGGAAUCAUUUCCAAGUGGAGGGUUGCCUUCUAACUUAAGCAUCCUUGGAAUAUUCAACUGCCCUAAACUGAUUGCUUCGAGAGAGGAGUGGGGUUUGUUCCAACUCAAUUCUUUGAAAGUUUUCGUUGUUAGUGAUGACUUUGAAAACAUAGAGUCUUUCCCAGAGGAGAAUCUGUUGCCACCAAAUCUGAAUUAUCUUUAUUUGAUAAAAUGUUCAAAGCUAAGAAUAAUGAAUUACAAGGGUUUUCUUCACCUCAAAUCUCUCGAGGAUCUAUGUAUUCGCAACUGCCCUAGUUUUGAGCGCUUGCCAGAGGAGGGUCUACGCAACUCCCUUUCUAGUUUGUGGAUUAGUGAUUGUCCAUUAAUUAAGGAGCAGUACAAAAAGGAAGAAGGAGAGCGUUGGCAUACAAUUCGUCACAUCCCUUCGGUGACCAUAACUUGAUGAAGUUGAGCAGCAGAUCAUGAGAUGUUGCUGCAGAGAACUUGCAUUGCAUCCAACCAAUUACAAGGUGAGGAUGCAGCCAAUGCAUCUAUAUGCAACUAUUCUUACGCGAAUAUAUAGUUUGAUUUUGGUUUUGUUUUUUAGCCUUUAGUUUUUGUUUUUCCUGAUUCUCUUUUAUUUUUCACACUGUACCAGAAGGGAAACUUGGUGUUUUCUAAUUGUCUUUGCACCAUGAUUCAAUUAAAUUCCUAAUUGUGCAUAACAUUCUUGUGAUUUUGAUUGCUACAUAGCUCUCUAUUGAAAUACUUAAUUAUAUCCAUUUUUCUGGUUUCUCUUUUAUUGUGUUGAAGUAUUUUAAUUUUUGAAA